UCCAACCUGCUCUACUUGCAAAAUCAUACUAACUAAAACCAAUACCAGCUUCUUUUUUGACGUUUUAACGCAAAACAAAAAGAAUGGGAUCUCGCAAUGUGGUGGAGUUCGAGGAUUUUUUCCCCGCCAUGGUUGAGAAAUUGGGUGCUGAAGGUUUUAUGAAGGAGCUGAGCAAUGGGUUUCAGUUGCUUGUGGAUGGAGACAAGGGAGUGAUCACUUUCGAGAGCUUGAAAAGGAACUCGGCAUUGCUUGGUUUGAAAGAGAUGAGCGAUGAGGAAGUGGUUUGCAUGUUGAGAGAAGGUGAUUUGGAUGGGGACGGGGCUUUGAAUGAGAUGGAGUUUUGUACCCUCAUGCUUAGGUUGAGUCCUGAGUUGAUGAACAAUUCCAGAAAUUUAUUGGUAGAAGCUAUAAUCAAUUUCUAUGCCCUUUGUCAAAUUUGUAUUAAUUAGGCUUUUGUAAUUUGUACGCCCAUGCAAUAUAUCAAAAUCUUUUAAGUACGUACUUCA